AUGCACCCAUCCGAUGUGGAGAAAACAGCUUUUAGGACACACGAAGGACAUUAUGAUUUUCUUGUCAUGCCAUUCGGUUUGACCAAUGCUCCAUCAACUUUUCAGAGUUUAAUGAAUGAGGUAUAUAUAUUCCGACCUUUUUUGAGGAAAUUUGUGUUGGUGUUUUUUGAUGAUAUUCUGGUUUAUAGUAAAACUUGGUCAAACCAUUUGCUUCACUUGAACAAAACCUUGUCCAAACUCAGAGACCAUCAGUUUUUUGCUAAAAUGUCCAAGUGUGCUUUUGGCCAAACUCAAGUGGAAUAUUUAGGCCAUGUUAUUAGUGGACAAGGAGUAGCUGCAGAUCCCUCUAAAAUUGAGAGUGUGAUGCUUCCGGAAAAAGGAGUGGGAGCAGUUUUAAUGCAGGAAGGCCAAGCGAUAGCCUUCUUUAGUAAGACUUUGUCUCCUAAAAACUUGGGUCUUUCUACCUACAAGAAAGAAUUGCUGGCAGUGGUUAUGCAAAGGGUAACCACCAUUUUACAACAGAAAUGGUUAUCCAAACUUUUAGGCUUCGACUAUGAGAUAGUGUAUAAAUGUGGGAAGGAAAAUAGGGCUGCUGAUGCUCUUUCCAGAAGGAUGGAAGAGGAGCAAGUGUUCGUUAACGAUUCUGCAAAUGUUUGUGCUUUGUCAGUGGUGGUGUGUGGAUGGCUGAUCCUUGAACACCAUGGAACACCUACUGGGGGCCACUCUAGAGGCGAGAGAACUUAUAGAAGGUUGAAGCCGGGGUUCUAUUGGAAGGGUAUGCAGAAAGAUGUCCUAACCUAUGUCUCUGAAUGUGAUGUUUUCCAACAAAACAAAUAUGAAACAGUAGCCUCUCCUGGCUUAUUGCAGCCCCUACCAGUUCCACACCGACUAUGGAGUGACAUCUCUACGGAUUUCAUUGAAGGGCUGCCUAGUACCUCAAACAAAUCCGUUGUGUUGGUAGUGGUGGAUAGACUCAGUAAAUAUGCCCAUUUUAUCCCACUCCCACAUCCUUACACUGCCACUUCAGUAGCUCUAGCUUUUCUGGAUAAUGUGUUCAAGUUGCAUGGCCUGCCCACUUCAAUUCUUCAAGCCACCCAACUAAGUUUGAGCUCUGCUUAUCACCCUCAAUCUGAUGGGCAAACAGAGAUUGUUAAUAGGUGUAUAGAGGGUUACUUGAGAUGCAUCUCUGUUACUCCCUAUGAAGCUUUAUAUGGUCAAAGCCCACCAAGUCAUAAGUAUUAUACUCCUGGUGGCACAUCAGUGGCUGCUGCUGAUGCUUUACUUCAUGACAGAGAUGCCGCUUUGCGGCUACUCAAGGAGUGUUUAGCUCAAAGUUGGGUGGGGGAAUGA